AUGAUUUCCCAUAAGCGCAAUGCUAAGUCAAAAUGUGCAUUAGCUCUAUUUGUAUGCAUGUCUACCAAGGCCAUCCAUCUAGAACUUGUGACGGACCUAUCCACUCCUUCACAUAUUGCCACAUUAGACAGAUUUAUUGCCAGACGUGGUUUGCCUUUUCAUACUCAUAGCGACUGUGGAACAAAUUUCUUUGGAGCAUUCAAGAAGUUGAAGGAGCUUAUUCAAUUUAAGGGCCAGAGCGAACCCAUUUCUAACCAUUUAAGUCGGACAGCUAUAAGGUGGACCUUUACUCCUACAGCAUCUCCUCAUUUCGGUGGUAUUUUGGGUGGCAGCUAUUGA